AUUCGCAGGGGUUACAACUGCGAGGAUCAUUUCUACGAAUACGACACGAUUCGCCACAGCUGGGAGGUGUUGGCGGUCCUCCUGAAGUCCAGCAUCUGCGAGGAUAUUCUAAUUGACGUUGGAAUGCCCGUGAUGCACAAAAAUGUCACGUACAACUGCAGAGUUGCUUUUUUAAACCGAAGAAUCUUGUUGAUUCGCCCGAAAAUGCAAAUGUGCGAUAAUUCAAUCUACAGAGAGGGGAGGUGGUUCUCUCCCUGGAGAAAGAUAAGAACAGUCGAGGAUUACUUUCUUCCUCGACAAAUAGCCCAAAUAACUGGUCAGACAGUUGUUCCGAUAGGCGAUGCAGUAAUUGCAACCAGAGAUACGUGCAUUGGUUUCGAAAUAUGCGAGGAACUCUGGCAUCCCGAUAGCAAUCACAUACCCGCUUCACUGGAUGGUGUGGAGAUCAUAUCGAAUGCCAGUGGCUCGAUGUUUGAGAUAAGAAAGGCGUACGAAGUCGUCGAUCUAGUGAAAACAGCAUCGGCAAAGGCUGGGGGCUGCUACAUGUACAGCGAUUUCUUUGGGUGCGAUGGAGGGAGAAUGUUUUUCAUGGGAUUUUCAUCAAUUACUGUCAACGGGGCCAUGCUAGCGCGGGCCAAGCAGUUCUCAUUGCGGGAAGUCGAAGUUACAACUGCCACUUUUGAUUUAGAAGUCAUCAGAUCUUACAGGAAUGGAAUUCGCUCGAGAACGCAUUCAUCGGCGUCGAGUCCGGCGUAUCCCCGGGUGAAAAUCGACUUCGCUUUAACAUCAGACGGUGAAAUCUGCGAUUUAAUGAGUUCCCGAAUUGAUACGAGUCAUGUGACCGACGAGUACUCACUGACAACUUCUCCAGAGAUUCUGUAUUUCCGUCCAGAAGAGGAGAUAUCGAUGGCACCCGCCUGCUGGCUGUGGGAUUAUCUCCGUCGAUCCUGUCAGGGUGGUUUUUUUCUUCCCCUGAGCGGAGGGGUGGACUCAUCAUCAGUUGCUUGCAUCGUCUACUCCAUGUGUAGAAUGAUCGUCGAGGAAGUGAAGACUGGAGAUCCCCAGGUGCUUGCAGAUGUUCGUAAAAUCGUCGGGGACUGCGAUUACGUUCCAACGGAUCCCAAACAGCUCUGCAAUACUCUCUUGGUGACGUGCUACAUGGGAACUGAGAAUUCUUCAGCACAGACGAAGGCAAGAGCUUCUCAGUUGGCUAGUCAGAUUGGCUCGUAUCACUUGAGCAUUGUCAUCGAUACAGCCAUCACAGCUGUCCUGGGGAUUUUCCAGCAGGUGGCGAAGAUGACCCCCAAGUUCAGGGUCCACGGUGGGAGUCCUAGGGAGAAUCUUGCUCUUCAGAAUGUCCAGGCGAGAAUGCGAAUGGUCGUGGCUUAUCUUUUUGCUCAGCUGAUGCUCUGGGUGAGGGGUCGACCUGGGGGACUGCUUGUUCUCGGCUCCAGCAACGUCGACGAGGCCCUCAGGGGCUAUUUCACGAAGUACGACUGUAGUAGUGCGGAUAUUAAUCCGAUUGGGGGUAUCUCCAAGGAGGACUUGAAGAGAUUUCUCGUGUGGUUUGGGGAGAGGCAUGGACUUUCUGCUAUCAAACAGAUCCUAGAGGCCACACCGACAGCUGAGCUGGAGCCUCUGAAGGGAGGACAGCUUGUUCAAGCUGAUGAGGUAGACAUGGGUAUGACUUACAAGGAGUUGGCGGUUUAUGGAAGGCUCAGAAAGCUCGAGUGCUCUGGGCCCUUCUCCAUGUUCUGUCAACUUGUUCCUCGGUGGAGUCACUGCUCACCUCAGGAAGUCGCUGACAAGGUCAAGCACUUCUGGAGGUGUUACGCCAUUAAUCGACAUAAAAUGACUAUUUUGACACCUGCCUGUCAUCUGGAGACAUACAGUCCUGACGAUAACAGAGCAGAUCACAGACAGUUUUUGUAUAAUCACACGUGGAAGUGGCAGUUUGAUGCAAUUGACGAACAGGUGAAAAAAAUUAAUGAAGAUGACAGGGGGAGGGGCAAGAGAGAAGGCCCCAAAAUUCCGACGAAGCCCCAGUCGUCUUAUGGGGCAGUUUCCACUCCACUCAAGACCAAUAAAUUGCCUCGUCUCGACUGCGAUUGAGAUAAUUUCCAGUAAAUAAAAAUUAAAAAUAAUUCGUUAAAAAUGUCAAGUCUAUUCUUCAAAUA